UUCAAAUUUAAAUAAAAUAUUAACGAAAAGUUUCAAAGUUGUUGUAGACAAUUUAUAUCGUUGGCUUGAUUACAAAUGAUAUGGGUGUUUGUUUUCAUCCCAAUGGCUCCCAUAGUAAACAAUCUCUCCAUUGUACUACUCUUCAUCUUCAUUUCCUUCUUGCCCUCAUCUCUCUCUACAAUCCUAAAAUAUCCGGCAAUCAUCAACUUAGGAGACUCGAAUUCCGACACGGGCAAUCUCAUAUCCGCCGGGAUUGAAAGUGUUAAUCCUCCCUAUGGUCAAACUUACUUCAACCUUCCCUCGGGAAGAUAUUGUGACGGCCGUCUUAUUGUAGAUUUUCUAUUGGAUGCAAUGGACAUGCCAUUUCUAAAUCCAUAUUUGGAUUCAUUAGGUUUACCAAAUUUCAAAAAAGGGUGUAACUUUGCAGCAGCAGGAUCCACCAUUCUUCCGGCAAACCCGACAUCGGUCUCUCCCUUCUCCUUUGAUCUUCAAAUCUCUCAGUUCAUCCGGUUCAAAACUAGGUCACUUGAACUACUUUCUAAAACAGGAAGGAGAUAUGAAAAGUACUUACCACCACUUGAUUAUUAUUCAAAAGGACUAUACAUGAUUGACAUAGGCCAAAAUGAUAUAGCUGGUGCCUUCUACUCCAAGUCUCUUGACCAAGUCCUUGCCUCUAUUCCUUCCAUUCUUGAAACUUUUGAAGCUGGACUCAAGAGGCUGUAUGUGGAAGGAGGCAGAAACUUCUGGAUACACAACACAGGGCCCUUGGGAUGUUUGGCUCAAAAUAUUGCCAAGUUUGGGACAGAUCCAACAAAACUUGAUGAGUUUGGUUGUGUUAGUUCCCAUAACCAAGCAGCCAAACUAUUCAAUCUUCAACUACAUGCUCUGUCCAACAAAUUUCAAGCCCAAUUCCCUGAUUCAAAUGUUACCUACGUUGAUAUCUUCUCUAUCAAAUCUAACCUCAUCGCUAAUUAUUCCCGAUUUGGUUUUGAAAAUCCGUUAAUGGCGUGUUGUGGAGUCGGAGGGGCGCCCUUAAACUACGAUACCCGCAUUACAUGUGGCCAAACUAAAGUCAUAGAUGGGAUAUCAGUAACGGCCAAAGCUUGCAACGACAGUUCUGAGUACAUUAACUGGGAUGGAAUUCACUAUACUGAAGCCGCAAACAACUUUGUGUCAUCUCAAAUAUUAACCGGGAAGUAUUCCGAUCCGCCGUUUUCAGACCAAAUGCCAUUUUUUCUAAGCUUAAAAUUUUAGAAAAUGCUGUUGGUUUCCAUUCAUUCUUUAGUUUUCUAUCAUUAUUUACUUUAUAUUGCUCAAAUGAACCAAAUAUAUCAAGAAA